CACUUCUUAAACCUUUGUACACUGGACUGGCGCCCUGGAACAAAUCAAGCUCUGCUUGAUUUGUGGUGUCUGCAGGAGGGGGGACAUUUUGGAUUAUUAUCACCUGAUAAUGAUGCUGCUGCUGUGCUGAUACAGACAGGAGGCAAAGAUAGAAAGACUCCUCUAGUGCGACUGAUUUACCGGCCAGACUGGGGAACUUGAUGGUGGUAGAAAGCUAAACAAAACAGACCCAAGACCAGGCCGAGAUGGAAUUCAGACUGGGAUUUAGGAUCACCCUUGUCUGGUUUGUCCUGGCCUUGACUCUUUCCGGAGAGAGAGUGGAAGCACAGAGGGCAGGUUGUAAAAAUGUCCACUAUGACUUGACAUUUAUCCUUGAUACCUCAUCCAGUGUGGGAAAAGAAAAUUUUGAGAAAAUUAGGCAAUGGGUAGCCAAUCUGGUAGAGUCUUUUGACGUAGCACCUGACAAAACAAGAGUGGCAGUGGUUCGCUACAGUGACACACCGACCACUGAGUUUACCCUGGAUCGAUACAGGACCCUGGAAGAUGUGAAGCAAGCUGCCCGUAACAUGCGCUACCUGGGAGGAAAUACAAUGACUGGGGACGCCAUCAGUUACACCACUAACAACAUCUUCAUGGAGCAGAACGGAGCACGGCCGCCUGCGCGAGGCAUUCAAAAGGUGGCCAUCCUUCUAACAGAUGGCCGAAGUCAGGAUUAUGUUCUGGAACCCUCCAAGGCAGCUGCCAAAGCUGGCAUCCGAAUGUUCGCCGUGGGCAUCGGGGAGGCUCUGAAAGAAGAGCUGGAGGAAAUCGCAGCUGAGCCAAAGAAUGCCCACGUCUUUCACGUGACUGACUUCAACGCCAUUGAUAAAAUCAGGGGCAGACUGAGGAGGAGGCUGUGUGAGAAUGUCCUGUGUCCAAAGAUGAAGGUUCAACCUGAUCGCUUUAAGCCCAACAGCACCAGUUAUGAUCUUGAAGAGGUUCCAGGGUUUGACCUGAUGGAGUACUUCAAUGUGAAAGACAUCCUGGGAACCAGAGUUGAUGAGAGUCAGAGUUCAUAUGUCCGUCUUGGGACGAUGCCGGUAGUCCAGCAAUCAGAGGAUGUGUUUCCUCAGGGCUUGCCAGAUGAAUAUGCCUUUGUGACAACGUUCAAAUUCAGGAAAACCUCAAGACGGGAAGACUGGUACCUCUGGCAGAUUUUUGACAAAUAUGGAAUCCCACAGGUGUCUAUCCGUCUGGACGGUGAGAACAAAGCUGUGGAGUACAACGCAGUUGGGUUGACUAAAGAUGCUGUCAGAGCUGUGUUCAAGAAUCCUGAAGUCGACAACCUCUUUGACCGCAACUGGCACAAGAUCGGUCUCAGUGUGGAGGCCAAGUCUGUCGCCCUGUAUUUGGACUGCAAACACAUCCAGACUCUGCCGAUCGAAGACCGCGAAGACAUAGAUAUUCAGGGGAAAACAGUGAUUGGAAAGAGGCUGUAUGACAGUGUUCCGAUAGACUUUGACCUCCAGAGGAUGAUGAUUUACUGUGAUUCCAAACAUGCAGAGGUGGAAACCUGCUGUGAUCUCCCCACCGGGCCAUGCCCUAAAAAGGUUGUGACAGAGGCACCCCCUGUGCGGAUCCCCACACCAACACCUACUGUUGCAGAGCAAAAAAGAGGUCCUCAAGCAAACUGCUCGUGCCCUGCAGGGGAGAAGGGAAACAUCGGCGCACGUGGUCUUCCAGGUCUAAAGGGUGAGAUUGGCCCUAAAGGUGCUAUCGGACCACAAGGCAUCAAAGGGGAAAGAGGAGAAUCUGGCAAAUUGACCUCUGUCAAAGGUGACAGAGGGGAGAAGGGUGAUAGAGGCACAAUAGGGUUAACAGGUUCUCCUGGACAAAAGGGAGAGAAGGGUAGUGGUGGUGUGCCUGGUAUUGAUGGUCUAACUGGUGACAAAGGGGAUAAAGGUGAAGCAGGCAGGCUUGGUGCUGCAGGGCUACCAGGUCCAGGUGGACAGAAGGGAAUCCAAGGAGAUAUAGGAAUUCCAGGUGCUCCUGGACCAAAGGGUGUCAUUGGUGAUUCUGGUGUGAAAGGAGAAAAAGGAACUCCGGGAGCCGGUGGUCUACCAGGCGUGGACGGAUUACCAGGAAAAUCUGGACUUCCUGGAAAAGAUGGUUUGAGAGGACUGGCUGGAGCACCUGGGCCAAAUGGAAUCAAAGGCAACAAGGGAGAAAGAGGCCCUCCUGGAUUACCUGGGGAUAUGGUACAACAACAAGGCCUGUGGGGUGAACAGGGAGAACCUGGACCUCCUGGGCCACCAGGGACAGAUGGUCGCCCAGGACCUCCUGGUCCUGCUGGUCCACAAGGUCUGCCUGGUGAGCAUGGGGAGCCUGGCCAAAGUGGAAAGAAAGGUGAAAGUGGACUACCGGGAGUGGAUGGCCUUCCUGGACCUCCAGGUCCCCAGGGUCCGCCGGGUCCGCCAGGGGCACCAGGACCAAUGGGACAACCUGGUCUACCUGGUGAACUAGGAUUUCCAGGCAAAGGAGGAGAGCCAGGAAAACCUGGUGUUCCUGGUAAAGAUGGUCUGGAUGGUCUUGCUGGCAUUGAUGGGGCUAUGGGGCCCAGGGGAGAACGGGGAGCAGAUGGACUUCCUGGCAAGACUGGUUCCAAGGGUGACGAAGGGCCUCCUGGACCAAGAGGUCCUCUGGGGGAGAGAGGAGAAGCUGGCGCCCCUGGUCGACCAGGUGCUGAUGGCGCACGAGGAGAAAGAGGGAUUCCGGGAGAAAGAGGAACAGAGGGACCAUUUGGGGCAAAAGGUGAAAGGGGUGACAAGGGUGAAGUUGGACCGAGGGGACUCCCUGGGGUUCCAGGAAAUGUUGCAAAUGUCAUCCCUCAGCCUGGAGAACCAGGGAAGCCUGGAGAGAAGGGAGAAAAGGGGGACCAAGGAAAACCAGGAGAGAUGGGUCCAAGAGGCUUACCUGGUGAACAAGGUUUCCGAGGACAACCAGGAGCACCCGGCCCAAAGGGGGAUACCGGACUCUCAGGGGAGAUCGGUCGUGUAGGGGACCCUGGUCCACCUGGUGCUGCAGGACCUCCUGGGCCACGUGGGAUACCAGGAAGUGUGGGCAUUCCAGGCAUCAUUGGGCCUCCCGGUCCAGCUGGGCAGAGAGGAGAUAAGGGUGACCCAGGUAAACCAGGGCAAUCUGGUCCCCAAGGCCCACCAGGAGAGCCUGGUGUGAUUGGACCUCCUGGACCACCCGGGAAGGGCAAAGAUGGCCAAAACGGAGAGCCAGGACCACCGGGCAAUCAAGGACUACCUGGACUGAAGGGCCCACCGGGGCCACGCGGACAGGCCGGGUUACCUGGGGACAGGGGUUCCCCAGGGGAAGGGAAAGAGGGACCUCCGGGGCCUCCAGGGAAAAAUGGGGAAUCAGGAGCUGUGGGAUCGAGAGGUCCACCAGGAGUUGCAGGUCCUCAGGGCCCAGCAGGGCACAAUGGUUUACCAGGAAGGCCAGGAGAAAAGGGAUCACAAGGAGAGCCCGGAAAAGCAGCAGAUCUCUCCGACUUGAAUCUGAAGGAUAUUUGCUCAGACUGCCCUGCAGGUCCUCCCGGACCACCUGGACUGCCGGGAGUCCCCGGAGAUAAAGGAAACCAGGGACCUCCUGGGAAAAAUGGCCAAGAUGGAUAUUUGGGACCCCCUGGACCAGCCGGACCUCAAGGGCCUCCUGGAGCUGACGGGGCAAAGGGUAUAAAAGGGGAUCAAGGGCCUCCUGGAGGUCCUGGAGACAAAGGAGACAAGGGCCACCCAGGACCCCCUGGCCAUCCAGGUCCUGCAGGAUUAAUGGGCGCUCCUGGUAACGACGGCCAGCCUGGCCAAGUUGGUCCCCCAGGCCCCCCUGGAGAAAAGGGUAAAGAGGGUCUCAAAGGAAUCCAAGGACCACCGGGUCUUCCUGGCAUGAUCGGUCAACCUGGGAAAAUGGGAAAAGAUGGCCGACCAGGUGAACCAGGAGAACUUGGGAAGCAAGGUGAACCUGGACCUCCAGGAAACCCAGGACUCCGAGGACUCCCUGGCUUCAAGGGCCAUAGAGGAGAGCCUGGACCUCCAGGAGAAAAGGGAGAGGAUGGGAAGCCUGGUUCGACAGGACGUGAUGGCAAACCAGGAAAGGAGGGCCCCAAGGGACCUCCUGGCCUAGAAGGACUUCUUGGACCAAGAGGAGAGCCGGGCAAGCCAGGUGAUCCCGGACCAUCUGGGAAAUCCGGACUCCCCGGUACACCAGGUGUUAGGGGAGACAAGGGAGAACCGGGCAACCCUGGAUUGCCAGGCUUCAGUGGGCCCAAGGGACCUGCAGGUCCACCUGGUCCCAUUGGCCCUGAAGGAAAACAGGGAAUGACAGGCCGACCUGGAGAUCGUGGUCUCAGAGGAGAUAAGGGAGACCCUGGUACAAAGGGAGAAAAAGGACAGAAUGGAGAUCCCGGAAUGCCUGGAAAUCCUGGUCCCCCAGGCAGAAAGGGCCACACAGGGAUGAUGGGCAUGUCAGGACCACCAGGUGAAAUUGGACCCCCAGGGCCUCAGGGACCUUCAGGAAAUCCUGGUAUCCCGGGACACAAGGGAGAGUCAGUGUCACUGGAGCAGAUGAGAAGGCUUGUCCAGGAGGAGCUAGCCAAACAAUUAGAUGCCAAAAUGGCUUACCUCAUGGCCCAGAUCCAGCCCGCGCAUGUGAAGAGUACAGCGGGUCGUCCUGGACCUCCAGGCCCUCCAGGUAAAGAUGGCAGCCCAGGACGACAAGGGGCCCCUGGAGAACCAGGUAUGCCUGGACAAAACGGAGGAGAAGGACCUAGAGGACCAAUAGGCCCUAAGGGUGAUAAAGGAGCAAGGGGGGAAAAAGGAGAGCCUGGUGUCGGUGAGAGAGGAGAGCAGGGCCCUACUGGUCCCAUAGGUCCAGCUGGUCUACCAGGAUAUGGCAAAGACGGAAGCCCCGGACAAGCUGGAGCCCAGGGAGAACCAGGAAACCCAGGGCCACACGGGCAACCUGGACCUCCAGGUCCUCCUGGCCAGUGUGACCCCAGCCAAUGUGCCUACUAUGCCAGCCUGGCUCAAAGACCCCACACCAAAAAUGUAAAGGGGAAAUAAGGAGCUGGAGACACAGAGCCAGAAGUAUGGCUAUAUUUAUGAACCUUGUCGAGUCAUAUGGAAUCAAGAACAUUUUUUCCUUCAAAUCAACCUACAGAGGCCUGUAGCAGCAGGUGCUGCUGGUCAGGUUCUUCAUUUUCUGCUAUCAAGCUUGGGUUUGGGGAGUGAAAGGGGGUGGAGCAACAUGGAGCACAUCAAAUCAGGAGCACGUAGGGCAGCUAAAAAUUUUUUUGCUUGCAUACUGUCUGUAACAUAUAUGGGAAGAUAAAACUGAAUUUUUGACACUUAUUUUAAGGUUUUUCUGUCUGCCUUCCAUCAGUUACCCAUCACAGCCCACACUAUGCCACGUCACUUAGCGCUUGCUAAACAUAUCUCUUGCCAUGGGCCUUCCACCAGUCAGAUGGUGUACCCAGACAUGGAAGUUCUUUCUUUUCUGCUGCUGAAGGUGGGAGCAGACAGUAUGAAGCAAACACCAGAAGCAAUUGUGUGUGGGAGGAGAGUCAUGAAAUCCACAUUUUUACACUCCUUAUCUCCAUGCCAGUAACAGUGUUAAGUCGCUUUGUUGUGUAUAGUCUAGGAAGCUCAACAGCUACACAUCCAGCCAUAUUUGCACAGCUUUUACAAAACAAAUAUUUUAAAAGACAAAAACUGAUGGAAAUAAAUGAUUGUGUUAGUUUUUACUUUCCUGGAAGUAUCUGUAGAGCUGUAUAGUAAGCAGAUUUAUAGAGGUGCUUACUUUUCUUAAAAGGUUUCUUUACUCACUUCACUGUCUCUAAAUGUGCCAGCUUGUAUGUGUUUGGGGAAACGUAUUCAGUAUCUCAGUUUGGUGCUUUGGUAAUUUACACACCACACUUCAAAGUUAGAGAGCUGCCUUGUUUUACCCCUUAUUUUACUGACAAACAUCUUUAAAGAAAUACUAAAUACUCUAGACAAUAAGGCUAAUUGUGUGUCAAACCUUUGAAAUUCUGGAAAUGUAGUCUGAGAUUCAAGACUACAGGAGGACUUAAGAAUGUAAAGUUGCAGCUCUGAAACCCCAUAUUUUACAGGAUAUGGCUGUGUUAAAUGGUGAUUUUUCUUGGUGAUAGCAGCAAAAAGUGCUUUUGCACAUUUCUGAAGUGUCAUUCUCAGCUAAAAAUAUGCCACACAUCGGAACAAUAUAUAGAAUCUGAGCAAAUAAAAAAAAAAACACCAUUAGCACUAUACUUAAUCUCUGCAUGAGUUUAACUGGCAGCAUCAACCCCACAAUUAACUGUUCACAAUCUUCCUUCUUUGAAGAUUGGGAGGUUUAGCAGAACAGAAGGUUUUAUAUGACACCACAGAUGUCAAUGCAUCAAAAUAUUCACAAAUUUCUUAGGACUGGAAGUGGCUGAAGUUUAAAUAACACAGAGAAAUGUGAUUUUGCCAGACUGAAUGAUGCAUCUGCAGUUAGGCUGACUGAACUCUCAGCCUCUGAAAUGCUCCCAGGGUGACAUAACAUCUCAUAAAAACCCAGACUUGAGAUUUUGGCUCCGGUUAACUGAAAGCUGAACAAAUUCUGCCACGGCAGGACUAAGCAUGGGCUAAUAUGAAAUUCUCACUGGGAGAUAACCUUGGGUACAAAUUCCAGUUAUUUGAAAACAAAAACCUUUUAAAUUUUUUAUUGGGUGAUGCUUCUUUAGUGUUUAGCCAAUGACUGUCCAUGUUUUUUAUGACAAAAAAAUAUUUUCAAAGAGCACAAUUUGUCUAUCUUGAGAGGAAAGUGUGACAAGUUUCUAUCAGCCAGCUGUCCAGCAGUGCACUACCAUAUUCUAAAAACAACCCGAAAAAAAUCAGAUCACUCUGGUACUUUUUUGGCAACUCAAAUAAAAAACUUCACACCUAAUGAAUGGUAUGAUAGAAAAUAUUCUAUACCUUCAUACCGGUAUAAGCAAGACUGGAUCUGUUCUGAUUUUUCAACUAAGCUUGAAAUUGGUAGGAUUGGUGAACUGAAAUAAAUUGUUUAUAGAUAUUUUAGGCUGGGCAACAUUGGAUCUGUUAAUUAUCUUUUAAACAAUUAAAUGUUCCAAAAUGGAAAUAAAGAGCUAAAUCAUCUGUUAUAACGCAAGACAUCUCUAUCUUACUUCACCAAAAUAAGUUUUUUAAAUUGUCAUUAGGGUGUCAUUACCAGGGUUCACUUGGAUCCUGGUACAAUUUUUCUUUUCCAAAUAAUUAGUAUCAUAAACAAACUACCCACAUCAUAUAAGCGUUAAAGUCAGAUUCUCAUACUUCAGUAUUUUCUCCAAAUAUGGUUUCUUCUGCAAUAAAGGUUAGGUGCUAGCCAAAUGCAAAACUUCAAAACGAAGGCUCAACAAUAAUUGUUGAAAUCUUAGAGGUUUCAUCAAACAUUUAUUCACAGUCAUUUUGUUUUAAGUUUUUUGCAGCAAGUUUAGGAGUUCAGCUAGUUUACAUUAUUAAAAUGGCUUGCUUUAAACCCGUCACUCCGCUUGGCUAAGUUGCAGGUUUAGCUUGGUCAAGCAAACUAUAGUACCAAGAUUUAUUUUUGCCUUUGCAUAGUACAUUUGAUGCUCAGUGACUUGCUCUUUGUGUUAGAUCUUAGCAGCAGUUUUUCUGUUUGUGGUUAACUAUUGAACAGUCAAUAUUAAAACUGUGUGCUUUUCUAGAUGCUUGUUUCAGUUACAGGGUGGGACAAUGGAUACAGCAAUGCCCAAAAGCAAAACCUUAAGUUAUACUGUUAAAUUAUUCAUAAUUUGAACAGAUAUAUAGUGUAUUUGUGUUUUAUUCCAUUACAUUUUCCUAUCUCUUUGCCCAUUUCGCCUUAUAAAUUGGUGCUAAGAUAUUUUGAAACAGUAGCAUAAUGUAAGUAUCAGAGGACAGCUGUACAGUACUGUAUAAUAAAGACUGAAACAACUUCAUUUUGUAA